AACCAUUGGACGAGGUAUCUGUUUGUAUGUAUUUUGUCUGUCGUCUGCAACACGCACGAUUUUAGUUGGCUUUUGACAUAAACUCGUCUGCAAUAUCUUAAAUUUCAUGUAUAUCGGAAUAACUACUCAGCAUUUAUGUUAAUAUUAUGUAGUAAAUGAACAUAUGCGUCGAAUAUGAAUUUCACCUCCUACAUUGAUCGUAUCUGUGGAGAACAUUUUUAUGUUUGGAAUGGUCAGGCUAUUGGAAAAUGUUUUAAACAGCUAUGUUUGAUAAUUCCUUCAUAUUUAAUUUUGCUUAUUUUGAGUUCCUAUUAUGUAGGUUAUCGAAAUAUCAUUCAGUUGCGUCGAUCAAAAUAUGAACUUGUCAUUUUAUACAUCCGAAUAUUUAUUUGCCAUUUAAUAGCAUUGGUAUCAGUUUUUCAGUUAUCUCUAAUAUUUUAUGAUGUUCACAUAAGUGUUACGACUUUAGAUGUUAUACAGCAUACAACUGUUAUGAUUUCUUGGUUUGUCCAUGCAAUAUUUGUUUGGUCACUUACGAGGGGUAUAACAGUUCUUAUUAGUGGACCUUUAUCUGUAAUUAUAUCAUCAGUUAUUUGUUUUGUUAUUUCUCUGUAUAAUCUGUAUUUACAGUAUUCAACUUUAAAUUCAAACCAUGUAAAAAAUCUGGAAAUCAGUUUCGUUGCAUUACAAGUUGUCUAUCUUAGUAGUUUACUUUUGCAAAAUGAUAAUCAAACACAUACAUACCAUGGUAGCGUUAACUCCGUUCAGAAUGAACAAGAACCUUUAAUAAGUUCAGCUUCAUCCAGAUAUUAUGGAUUUCAUGAAGAAAUUGACCCACAAGCUUUAGGUACUGCUGAAGAAUCAAAUAACUUGCUUUCAAAAUUAUUAUUUUUAUGGGUGCAUCCUUUGAUUAAUAAAGGUUAUAAGGAAAAUUUGCAGAAUAUAGAUGAUUUAUAUGAUUUACCAGUGACGCUACAGUCAGAAUAUAUCUAUGAAAAAGUUACUUCAACUGUAAGAAAUCAUAAUUUAAGGCCAGAUUGCGAUGGAUUUUGUAAAGGUAAUUCUUUGCAUUUGAUUAAACUCCUGCAUACUUUCUUUGGUUAUGAGUUCUAUUCCAUUGGUAUUUUAAAAUUUAUAUCAGAUAGUCUGAGUUUUGGAGGUCCACUUUUGCUUAAUGCCUUGGUUUCAUUUUUAGAGACAGACAGCAAAACAUCUGAAAAUGGUUAUUAUUAUGUUUUUGGAUUAUUUGCCGUAACAGUUUUUUCUGCUUUAUUCUCAGUGCAAUAUAACUAUUUAAUUAAUAGAAUAAGUUUAAAAAUCAGAUCAGCUAUUAUAAUGAUUGUGUAUCAGAAGUCGCUGCUUCUGAGUAAAGUUACUUUAUCCAGUAUGAAUACAGGAGAAAUCUUAAAUUUCAUCAGUACAGAUACUGAUCGUAUUGUGAACUUUUGUCAGAGUUUUCAUCAGUUUUGGAGUUUACCUGUUCAAGUGAUUAUUGCCUUUGUACUUUUGUAUUAUCAAGUAAAUUUCUGCUUUAUUGUUGGAGUUGUUUUUAUGUUAAUUAUUAUUCCUAUUAAUCAAUACAUAGCUAAGAAAAUUGCAUGUUAUAGUAAUUUCAUGAUGAAAGCCAAAGAUAAAAGGAUUAAGUUGAUGAAUGAAAUUCUCUGUGGAAUUAGAACCAUUAAAAUGAACACAUGGGAAUCACUAUUUUAUGAAAAACUAAAAGCUGCAAGGCACGAAGAAGUUAAAUUUUUAAAAAAACGAAAGUACUUAGAUGCUCUUUGUGUGUACUUUUGGGCUACAACUCCUGUAGUGAUGUCUUUCUUGACUUUUACUGUAUAUACUUCUCUCGGUCAUACUUUAACUGCAUCAAAGGUUUUUACCAGUAUAGCUCUAUUUAAUAUACUAAUUACACCUCUGAAUGCCUUUCCUUGGGUUCUAAAUGGUCUUAUGGAAGCUUGGAUAUCGGUGAAAAGAGUUAACACAUUUUUAGGACUAUCUAAUUUGGAUUUAUCUAAAUACUAUUCUGAAAUUACUGGUGAUAAUAUUAAAUUAGAAAUAGUGGAUGGUACUUUUACUUAUUCUAAAAAUGAAAGCAGAAGUCUCACUUCUGAUGAUAUAACAGAAGAACAUCAUUAUAUUUUUGGUCCAGUUAAUUUAUCCUUGGUUGAA